AGGAAUGCUAUAUUUGAAUCAGUAUAAGAAAUGGAAUGAUAAGAACUUAUAAUUUUCCCUAUAAGAAGUUAUGUAAUUCCCAUCAUGAAGAAAAGGAUCUCUCCACUGUGGAACCUAAUUCCACCUGCUAAGUGCCCGAGCUCACUGACUGCUAAUAGGAAUACAUUAAUGAAGGCAACACCUGAGAGGCCGCUCAAGGUCAAAGGCCUUCUCCAUCCUUCCCUUCCUUUCCAAAAACCUCAAGCUCAAUGUUUCUGGGCCUGUUUGGAAUAUUGGCAGGAUCUGGCAGCACUGGCUUUCUGGAACCUGUGACUUUUCCAGUGCAUGUGGUCAAUAUCCCCGUUUCCUGGACUCUUGCUGCAAACUGGAAGCAAAAGGAUGGACAGAAAUUAACCAGAGAGUUUCCUGCCCAGGAAAAAAUCCCCAGGAUGCUGAAAGCAAGGCACUGUGGCUUGGCCACAUAAGGGCAAGGUCUUUGACCUUGGGGGCACCUUGCUGAUUAACUGUCACCACCUUAGACCUGGAACCAGGAAGAGGUGGAUUCACUGUAGAUGCACACAUGGAGUGAUGUAAUAGAACUCACAGGCCAGGAGUCCCUGUCAUAAAUUGGCUAGCUGUAUACACCGACAGGGACACUCCCUUUGGAAAUAAAUAAGAACACUUUAUGCAAAAACUGUUCUCUGGAUGGCACAGAAUGAGUAUAAAUACUUCUGGGCUGCUGGUGUAAUCAUUAAUUUUGCAGUGAGUUGAAGACUGAGGCUCUGCCUACAGACCUCCAGCACAUCAAUGGUUUGAAAUUUCUCAGCUGCAUUAGUGAGAAGAACGGGUAGUCACAGGUGGUCCUGAAGUUCUCAAGGCCAACGCAGCCCCUCUUCCCCCAGUUUGCUCAUCCUUGCUCUGCAGGGCUGCACAGCCAGCUGUGAGCCCCACAGCCACCAACAUCUGAGUUUUAAUCCAGAUAAGUGAUCCACUUUGCAAAGCCACAGAGAUGGCCUGUCCCUGGAAUUUCCUGCGGAAGGCCAAAUCCCACCAGUACAACUUCACAGAGGGAAAGGACAUCAAUAACAACACAGCGAAAGCCAUUCAUAUCAUCCACAGCCCAGAAACACAGGAUGACCCCAAAUAUUGCAGCCCUAGCAAGCGCCAAAAUGGAUCCUCCCAGCCCCUUCUGGGGAUGGCUAAGACUCCAGAAUCCCAGAGCAAGCCACAUGAGCCUUCACAGACCUGCCCCCAGCACAUGAGGAUCAAAAACUGGGGCAGUGGGAUGAUUUUGCAAGACACACUCCACAACAAGGCCAAAACGAAUUUUACUUGCAAGUCCAAAUCUUGCCUGGGGUCCAUCAUGAACCCAAGAAGUUUGACCAGAGGACCCAGGGACAAGCCUACCCCUCUGGAUGAACUUCUACCUCAAGCUAUAGAAUUUGUCAACCAGUAUUAUGACUCCUUCAAAGAGGCAAAAAUAGAGGAACAUCUGGCCAGGGUGGAAGCAGUAACAAAGGAGAUAGAAACAACAGGAACCUACCAGCUGACAGGAGAUGAGCUCAUCUUCGCCACCAAGCUUGCCUGGCGUAACGCCCCCCGCUGCAUUGGGAGGAUCCAGUGGUCCAACCUGCAGGUCUUCGAUGCCCGCAGCUGUACCACAGCCCAGGAGAUGUUUGAACACAUCUGCAGACACCUGCGCUAUGCUACCAACAAUGGCAACAUCAGGUCGGCCAUCACCGUGUUCCCCCAGCGGACUGAUGGGAAGCGUGACUUCCGCAUCUGGAAUGCUCAGCUCAUCCGGUAUGCUGGCUACCAGAUGCCAGAUGGCACCAUCAGAGGGGACCCUGCCAACCUGGAGUUCACUCAGCUGUGCAUUGACCUGGGCUGGAAGCCCCACUACGGCCGCUUCGAUGUGCUGCCUCUGGUCCUGCAGGCUGACGGCCGUGACCCAGAACUCUUUGAAAUCCCACGGGAUCUUGUGCUUGAGGUGCCCAUGGAACAUCCCAAGUACGAGUGGUUCCAGGAGCUGGGGCUGAAGUGGUAUGCCCUGCCCGCAGUGGCCAACAUGCUGCUCGAGGUGGGUGGCCUCGAGUUCCCAGGGUGCCCCUUCAAUGGCUGGUACAUGGGCACAGAGAUUGGCGUCCGGGACUUCUGUGAUGCUCAGCGCUACAACAUCCUGGAGGAGGUGGGCAGGAGGAUGGGCCUGGAGACACACACACUGGCCUCCCUCUGGAAAGACCGCGCUGUCACGGAGAUCAACGUUGCUGUGCUCCAUAGCUUCCAGAAGCAGAAUGUGACCAUCAUGGACCACCACUCUGCAGCAGAGUCCUUCAUGAAACACAUGCAGAACGAGUACCGGACCCGUGGGGGCUGCCCAGCUGACUGGAUUUGGCUGGUCCCUCCAAUGUCGGGGAGCAUCACCCCCGUGUUUCACCAGGAGAUGCUGAACUACAUCCUGUCCCCAUUCUACUACUAUCAGGUGGACGCCUGGAAGACCCACGUGUGGCAGGACGAGAAGCGGAGACCCAGGAGACGAGAGAUCCCGUUCAGAGUCUUGGCGAGAGCUGUGCUCUUUGCCUCUGUGCUGAUGCACAAGACAAUGGCAUCCCGAGUCAGAGCCACAAUCCUCUUUGCCACGGAGACGGGAAAGUCAGAAGCGCUGGCCCAGGACCUGGGGGCCUUGUUCAGCUGUGCCUUCAAUCCCAAGGUUCUCUGCAUGGAUGAGUACAGGCUGAGCACGUUGGAGGAGGAGCAGCUGCUGCUGGUGGUGACCAGCACGUUUGGGAACGGAGACUGCCCUGGCAAUGGAGAGACACUGAAGAAAUCCCUCUUCAUCCUGAAAAAGCUCACCAACACCUUCAGGUAUGCUGUGUUCGGCCUUGGCUCCAGCAUGUAUCCUCGCUUCUGUGCCUUCGCUCAUGACAUCGACCUGAAGUUGUCCCAGCUGGGGGCCUCUCAGCUCACCCCAGUGGGGGAAGGGGAUGAGCUCAGCGGGCAGGAGGAUGCCUUCCGCACCUGGGCUGUGCAAACCUUCAAGGCAGCCUGUGAGGCAUUUGAUGUUCGAGGCAAACACCACAUCCAGAUCCCCAAGCUCUACACAUCCACCGUGACCUGGGAGCCACACCACUACAGGCUGGUGCAGGACUUGCAGCCUUUGGACCUCAACAAAGCCCUCAGUAGGCUGCAUGCCAAGGACGUGUUCACCAUGAGGCUCAAAUCUCAGCAGAAUCUUCAGAGUCCAAAAUCCAGCCGCACCACCCUCCUGGUGGAACUCUCCUGUGAGGACAGCCGAGGCCUGGCUUACCUGCCCGGGGAGCACCUUGGGGUUUUCCCAUGCAACCAGCCGGCCCUGGUCCAAGGCGUCUUGGAGCGAGUGGUGGACAGCCUAGGAGCCCACAACAUCAUGCGCCUUGAGGCCCUGGAUGACAGCGGGAGCUACUGGGUCAAGGCCAAGAGGCUGCCACCCUGCUCACUUAGCCAGGCCCUCACCUACUUCCUGGACAUCACCACCCCCCCAACCCAGCUGCAGCUCCAGAAGCUGGCCCGGCUGGCCACAGAACAGGCUGAGAGACAGAGACUGGAGACUCUGAGCCAGCCCUCAGAGUACAACAAAUGGAAGUUCACCAACAGCCCCACGUUCCUGGAGGUGCUGGAGGAGUUCCCGUCGCUGCGGGUGCCCGCUGCCUUCCUGCUCUCCCAGCUCCCCAUUCUGAAGCCCCGCUACUACUCCAUCAGCUCCUCCCCGGACCACACUCCCUCAGAGGUGCACCUCACGGUGGCCGUGGUCGCCUACCGCACCCAAGAUGCCCGGGGCCCCCUGCACCGUGGCGUGUGCAGUACAUGGCUCAGCAACUUGAAGCCCCAGGACCCGGUGCCCUGCUUUGUGCGGAGGGUCAGCAGCUUCCAGCUCCCCAAGGACCCCUCCCAUCCUUGCAUCCUCAUUGGGCCCGGCACAGGCAUCGCUCCCUUCCGAAGUUUCUGGCAGCAGCGUCUCCACAACUCUGAGCACAAAGGGCUCCAGGGUGGCCGAAUGACCCUGGUGUUUGGGUGUCGUCACCCAGACGAGGACCACAUCUAUAAGGAGGAGAUGCUGCAGAUGGCCCGGAAGGGGGUGCUGCAUGAAGUGCACACAGCCUACUCCAGGCUGCCUGGGAAACCCAAGGUCUAUGUUCAAGACAUCCUGCGGCAGCAGCUGGCUGGAGAGGUGCUCCGUGUGCUCCACGAGGAGCCAGGCCACCUCUAUGUGUGUGGGAACGUGCUCAUGGCCCAGGACGUGGCCUACACUCUGAAGCAGCUGGUGGCUGCCAAGCUGAACUUGAAUGAGGAGCAGGUUGAGGACUACUUCUUCCAGCUCAAGAGCCAGAAGCGCUAUCAUGAAGAUAUCUUUGGUGCUGUCUUUCCCUACGAGGUGAAGAAGGACCGGGCAGAGCGGCCACCUGGCGACAUCAAGCUCUGACAACCCAUGGAGAUGUUCGAGCUGCUGUCACUAAGUGUGAGCACAGAGUCGGCUCUGGAGCCAAAGUCAUCGGGCCUUAGGAGAGGGGGAAAAGUGACCACAGCCAGCCUCACAUCUUAGUUCCUAAGCUCCUCCCUCUCAAGCCCUUUACUCGACCUAAUACCAAGUAGCGUCCUGGACUGGUUGGAGCCACCUCUGUGCCUGAAGCCCACUCUUCCUGGCCCCUUGGAGAUGAAUCUGCCAUGCCAGGCCUGACCAGUGGGCGAGAGGAAGAUGAAACCUUCUUCUGACGGCAUCACUUUGAGUGGCCACCGGGGGGCGCUUGCAAUACACUCUGUAUGUAGCUGCCCCAUGUACAGUAUUUAUGCUUCUGUAUUUAAAAAACAUCCAUCUGCUCCCAAGAGCCACUUGAGCCUUCCUUGUAUGACUUCUUGAAGGAAAUAUUUAUGUGAAAUUCAUUUUAUUUUAACCACCUUGAAAGUGUGUGCCUGGCUAUUUUGUAGGGAGAGCCCCCCCAAUUUGUAUGGAAUGGGGUGUGCCACCACUAGGA